GAAGAGUGAAUUGGAGCUGUUCUUCUUCUUCUUCUUCUUCAGAGUUCUGGUUUUCGAACGCCAUGGCAAGGGCUGAAGUGACGUUGGAGGUCGGAGACGACGGCAUUGCGAUCAUUUCCAUAUCCAAUCCUCCCGUUAAUGCCUUGGCUCUCUCAAUUUUCGUGGGGCUACAGCGAAAGUUCGAUGAGGCGGCGAGGAGAAAUGAUGUGAAAGCCAUUGUUUUGACUGGCAAAGGAGGAAAGUUUUCUGGUGGUUUUGACAUUAAUGUGUUCGAGAAAAUUCACAAGAAUGGGAAUAUUUCGGCUUUGCCUAAUACAUCUUUUGAUCUUAUUCUCAACACAAUUGAAGAGUCGGAGAAGCCUAUUGUUGCUGCCAUAGAAGGACUGGCUCUUGGGGGUGGCUUAGAAAUAGCACUGGGAUGUCAUGCGCGUAUCGCUGCUCCCGGAGCUCAACUAGGUUUGCCGGAGCUUUCUCUUGGUAUUAUUCCGGGAGGCGGAGGCACACAACGUUUUCCAAGGGUUAUAGGGGUGUCAAAGGCAGUUGAACUGAUGCUGUCAUCGAAAUCAAUACCUUCUGAAGAAGGGAAGAAGCUAGGUCUUAUCGAUUCCGUUGUGUUUUCUAAAGAGUUGCUGAAAGAAUCGCGGACAUGGGCUUUAGACAUUGCAGAGAAGCGUAGACCAUGGAUUCGUUCCCUUCACAGGAUGGACAGGAUUGGUUCUUUGUCUGAAGCACGUGAGAUAUUGAAAGUUGCCCGGGAACAAGCCAAGAAAACUGCUCCAAAUAUGCCUCAGCACCAAGCGUGCCUUGAUGUGAUUGAGCACGGCAUUGUUCAUGGAGGAUACAGCGGACUUCUGAAGGAAGAUAAAGUUUUCAAGGAUUUGGUUUUAUCAGACACCUCAAAGGGUCUUGUUCAUGUAUUUUUCGCUCAACGUGCUGCAUCCAAGGUGCCAAAUGUUACUGAUAUUGGGCUUAAACCAAGGCACAUAAAGAAAGUUGCUAUCAUUGGAGGAGGGCUGAUGGGUUCUGGCAUAGCGACGGCACUUCUUCUUAGCAAUAUAAGUGUUGUUAUCAAGGAAGUUAAUUCUGAAUAUGUUCUGAAGGCCAGAAAGAUGAUAGAAGCAAAUAUUCAAGGCUUAAUAACAAAAGGAAAGCUGACACAAGACAAGGCAGAGAAGGCCCUCACACUGCUUAAAGGUGUUUUGGAUUACACAGAAUUUAAGGAUGUUGAUGUGGUCAUAGAGGCUGUCAUUGAGAACAUUACUCUUAAGCAAACAAUAUUUAGUGAAAUUGAGAAAGUCUGUCCUUCUCACUGCAUAUUGGCAAGUAACACAUCUACUCUUGAUCUUCAUGUCGUUGGGGAAAAAACAAGAUCCCAAGGUCGCAUUGUGGGCGCACAUUUUUUCAGUCCUGCUCAUGUGAUGCCGCUCCUGGAAAUUGUGCGGACAGAGAAGACUUCACCACAAGUAAUUCUUGAUCUUAUGACUGUUGGAAAAAUCAUAAAGAAAAUUCCAAUCGUGGUUGGGAACUGCCCUGGCUUUGCAGUCAAUAGAACGUUCUUUCCAUACGCACAAGGUGCUCACCUUUUGGUCAAUUUAGGCGUGGAUGUUUUCAGAAUUGACAGAGUGAUCAGCAAUUUUGGCCUUCCUCUGGGCCCAUUUCAACUCCAAGACGUGACUGGAUAUGGAGUAGCCAUUGCAACUUCAAAAGUAUUUGCCAAUGCAUUUCCUGAUCGAACAUUUAAAUCACCAAUAAUCGAGCUCUUACUGAAAAGUGGAAGAAAUGGUAAAAACAAUGGAAAAGGAUAUUACAUUUAUGAAAAGGGAAGCAGGCCAAAACCCGACCCGAAAAUUCUACCGGUUCUUGAGGAGUCUCGGCAACUUACAAAUAUAAUGCCUGGAGGAAAGCCCAUAUCUGUAACGGACCAAGAAAUUUUGGAGAUGAUACUCUUUCCUGUGGUGAAUGAGGCAUGCCGGGUUUUGGAAGAAGAAGUAGUUGUCCGAGCAUCAGACCUCGACAUUGCAGCAGUUUUCGGAAUGAGUUUCCCAUCCUACCGGGGUGGUAUUGUUUACUGGGCAGAUGCGGUUGGGGCCAAGCAUAUUUAUUCAAGUCUCAAGAAGUGGUCCGACAAAUAUGGUAGCUUCUAUAAACCAUCAAGGUUUUUGGAAGAAAGGGCAACAAGAGGCGUGCUACUGAGUGAACCUGUUUCGUCAUCGGCGGCUUCAAGGGCAAGAUUGUAAGCGAUGAAGCACGCAUGCUUUUCCUCGACCUUAGUGAGUACUCAGGUUAAGAAAAUGAGUUGUUGAUUCAUAUCUUCAUAAUAAAUUCCCAAAAUUGCAAUAAAAAUCGACUUUCAGAGUUGUAUUUUGUUAUGCUUAUUGUGCCUUUUUGGGAUGGAAGUUUCUUAAACAUUACUCUGCGAGAUGUAUUAAAAGUGUUGAAUUCCAUGCAUUGAUUUUAUAGAGUAAUGUAGAUUAAUUUGAGAAGUUUUGGAUUUGGUACGAUAAUAUACACAUCGAUGUAGAGAGAUGCAAUGAAGCAGCGCAUAUGUACUGAUUACGUAUGAU